UUGUUAUCACACAAUACCGCCUCAUCGCCUGAUGCUAAAGCGAUUCAUUACCACUGCAGUCCCCACUAAGCGUACACGAUGGCGGCUAAAUACGAGAGCAACUCGUCCAUAGCAAAUUUUGUUGAGUAUCUUAAAAUACCGAGUGUCCAACCAAAUAUCAACUACGAUGACUGCGUCAAUUUUCUUAAAAAACAAGCUAAAGAAAUCGGCCUGGCAUUUAAUGUCUACGAGGUGGUUCCUACUAAGCCAGUAGUUGUAUUGACAUGGCCGGGCAAAAACCCGGCUUUACCAUCCAUAUUACUCAAUUCGCAUAUGGACGUAGUGCCUGUGUUUGAAAAUAGUUGGACAUAUCCGCCCUUUAGCGCACAUAUUGACAAAGACGGAAAAAUCUUUGCUCGUGGCUCUCAAGAUAUGAAAUGCGUUGGUAUCCAAUACUUGGAAGCCAUAAGCAAGUUAAAAGCAUCUGGUGUCCAACUAAAACGUACUUUGCAUGUGUCUUUUGUUCCUGACGAAGAAAUUGGAGGUCAUGAUGGAAUGGAGAAAUUUGUAGAAACCAAAGAGUUUAAAGCGUUGAAUGUUGAUUUCGCCUUGGACGAAGGCAUGGCCUCGCCUAAUGACGAUUUCAUUGUAUACAACGGGGAAAGAAGCAUUUGGCAGAUUCAUGUCCACUGCACUGGUCAGCCGGGACACGGGUCGUUGCUAUUGCCCAACACUGCUGGUGAAAAGAUAAGACAUGUGAUAAAUCGAUUCAUGGAUUAUAGAGAGGAACAAAAGAAGAUCUUGGAUAGUAACCCCAAGCUGACAAUCGGAGAUGUAACGACCAUCAACCUGACUCAGUUGUUCGGCGGUGUGCAAUCGAAUGUGGUGCCGGAGAAGUUGACAGCAGUUUUUGAUAUUCGCCUGGCAGUCACCGUCAACCACACUGAGUUCGAGGCGAUGAUCAACCAAUGGUGCAAGGAAGCUGGUGAAGGUAUUACACUUGAAUAUGAGCAGAAAAAUACGUACGUGGAAUGUACUAAGAUCGACGGCACCAACCCAUACUGGGUCGCAUUUAAGACAGCUACCGAUGAAAUGAAACUGAAGCUGGACUGCCGCAUUUUCCCCGGCGGUACGGACAGCCGAUACAUUCGCAAAGUCGGUAUCCCGGCUAUCGGCUUCUCUCCGAUGAACCACACGCCAGUUCUGCUCCACGAUCACGACGAGUUUCUUGAAGCCGGCAUCUUCCUCAAAGGCAUCGACAUCUACGUCAAAAUACUCACCUCUAUCGCAAACGUGUAAUGGUUGUGCUUGUUUUAAACAUUCUUCCAUUUUAAAAUAUAUUGUUUUAUUGUUAUACAUGGAUAUAAAUGAUUAGAUAUAUUGCUAUUUUAUGUGUGACCUAAAUGCUGAAAAAUGUACUUUUAAAGAGCAUGAUUUCAAAAGUACCUUGGUACUAACCAUGUAAUAUCAUUAGAUACGUUUCUAGUAUCUCUGUAACUGUCUAUCAAACUAUAGUAUUUUCCAAUAAAACAGACUGUAAUUACCUAAAUAACCAUUUUACAAAAUAAUUGCGAAUUUGUUGUUCUAUUUGGAAUUCAAAUCCUUUUUGCUUACUAAACAUAUUCUUUCUUUUUAUUCGAAAUUAAGUGAAUUGCCGGUUAUCACAAUAAAACCCUGUAUAUUAUUUUACACCAUUUACAGUUAUAUUGAAAAAUAGCUAUACUAACAAAAAGAGACAUGACCCGGUCUAAAUAUGUAUGUAAACAUUUAUACCUUAUGUAUGCGAUGUUGAUUUUGAACCAAACAUGGUGAUAUAAAUAUUAUUUCAGCAUAUAAUAUUAAGAAUAAUAUAUAUAAAAAUAUAUUGUGAUAUAAUGUGCAAUACAUUGUUUCCUACAAACCUUCCGCGUAUAUAUUCUUUGAAUUUUUACCAUUGUGCCUUUUGUAUAUUGAUUUUAUCUUGUAUUUACUUGUUAAAACCAAUUUUAUCUCUCUCCAACAGGCUUUCGUGCCGUAGUGGUAUGCUAAUAUACGUAACAAUCAUUAAACGGUCCAUAAUGCUGUUUUAAAUAAAUAUAUUAUCAACUAAAACUAGAUAUAUUUAACUAUCUUGACAUAGAGUUUUGCUUCAUCUCCGCUAAUAUUGUACAUUGUACAUACCUAAUCAAUUAUUGGAAAUAAUGAUAAUCAUUUUAAUCUAGAAUAAGUACAGCACAAAAUCUCGAUCAUAUCAAUCUACGACAAUUUCUAUCUAUUAUUUUAUAUGCCUAUUUUAUGUACCUACUGUAUUUGAGUACAAUGUUAUUCUAGUGAGUUACCUAAAAUAAAGAACUAAUAUAUUA